AUGAAACAAUUACAACACUUGUCUCUUAGCAGUAGUAAAUUUUCUGGGGUCAUUCCUCCUCAGUUAAGGAACCUUACCAACCUACGCACACUUGACCUUAGUGUGAAUGAUUUUGGAGGCAUUCCUAUCCCAGAAUUCAUUGGCUCCAUGAAACAAUUACAACACUUGUAUCUUAGUAGUUCUAACUUUUCUAGGAGUAUUCCUACUCAGUAUGGGAACCUUACCAACCUACGCACACUCGAUCUCUCGCAAAAUUCUUUGAGUUCCAUAUCUCCUUUUAUGUUUGGUUCCGUAUUUGGAUCACUCGAAACAUUGCUCUUGUCUGAUAAUCAAUUCACGGGUUUAAUGCCAAGCCUGAGAGCGUUUCCUUCAUUGAUAGAAUUGGACCUUUCAUAUAAUAACUUUACAGACUCCAUUCCUCUAAGUAUUGGCCAACUCUCCAAGCUUCAACAUCUAGAUCUUUCUCAUAAUUCUUUGGAAGGUUUAGUUCCUCCAAGUAUUGGCCAACUCACCAAGCUUCAAAUUCUGUAUCUUUCCCAUAAUUCUUUGGAAGGUUUAGUCUCUGAAUCCCACUUCUCUAAGCUUUAUAAGCUGGCGUCACUAGAUCUAUCAUUCAAUCCAUUAUUGAUGUUGGAUACUUCCCUUAAUUGGAGUCCACCUUUUCAGUUGAAUGACUUAUCUUUAGCCAGGUGCAGUGUGGGCCAAUUUCCAAAAUGGAUUCAAACUCAGAUGAAUUUGUCUUACCUUGAUCUCAGUGGUGCCAAUAUAACAGAUGAAGCCCCAAGGUGGUUGUGGAAUAUGUCUUCUUCACUAUACCACUUAUAUCUUUCCGAGAAUCAAAUAAGUGGCACAGUUCCAAAUAUCUCAUCCAUGUCCAUUGGGUUUAUGGAUCUUAGUUACAAUCAAUUCUCGGGUCGUAUACCACCAUUUCCUGCCGAUGCUUAUGUUGUUUUAUUGAGUGGAAAUAUGCUCUCCGAUUCAAUUUCAUCUAUUUGCAAAACUCGCCAACAGAGCCUUCGCUACCUUGACCUCUCCAAUAAUCAGUUGGAAGGGGAGGUUCCCAACUGCUGGGAGAACAUGCCCAACUUGGAAAUCCUUAAUUUGGCUAACAAUAACUUUUUGGGUGAAAUUUCUUUCUCUUUGGGCGGUUUACCAUAUCUUAGGACACUACGAAUGCAUGGUAAUAAUUUAUGUGGUGAAUUGCCUAAUAGUUUGAGACUUUCCCAAAGAUUGAGUUUCAUUGAUGUUGAAGGAAACAAGUUGACAGGAGAGAUCCCAUUUUGGAUUGGCCAGCUGUAUGAAUUGUUCUUUCUAAACCUUCGUGGAAAUAAAUUGCAUGGAAGUAUUCCUUCCGACAUAUGCAAUCUUACUAAUAUUCAAGUUCUGGAUUUGUCUAUAAACAAUCUAUCUUGGAUAAUACCUGAUUGCUUCAACAAAUUUACUGCCUUCUCGAGUGAGGAUGUGCUAUUCGAUACCCGUCAACAUGAAUAUCUUUUUGGUCAAGUAUUAUUUGUUGACUUUCUGCCCAAUGUGCCCAUACAUCUUGCACCUCAUAUUGAGCGCUAUGGAUAUUCAUCAUUACAUUGGAAAGGUAAGGAACAUGAGUAUUGGGAAAAUAUCAGGUUUCUCAAACUCAUUGAUUUUUCGAGCAAUAGAUUGACCGGAAACAUUCCCAAAUCAUUUUCCACUAUGAGAGGAUUGAUAUCCUUGAAUUUGUCAAGAAAUAGUUUGACAGGAUUAAUUCCAGAUAUUGGUAAUAUGCAUAUGCUAUAUUCUCUUGAUCUAUCUCAUAACCAACUCUUGGGCAAGAUACCUACAAGUUUGGCAGAAGUACACACUCUUGGUUUUCUUGAUCUGUCGAACAACAAUUUGUCCGGAAAAAUCCCAACGGGUACUCAACUACAGAGCUUCAAUGCAUCGUCUUAUGCUGAUAAUGAUGGACUAUGUGGCGACCCUCUGCCAAACUGCCCCACCAAUAAUCCAUGGGACAACAUGAAUGAGAAAGAUGGAAACAACUUCUCAUUUAUGGAAGAAGUUGGCAUAUCAAUGGGCUUUGGUUUUAUCUUUGGAUUUUGGGGAGUUAUUGGCUCAUUCAUAUUGAAGAAAUCAUGGAGAAUCGCAUUCUUUAACUCGUUUGAUGCUGCUGGAGAUUGGUUCCACGUCAUGAUUGUUGUGUUUGUAUCCAAAUGGAGAAGAAGCUGA